AAGAGAUUGAGCUCUGCAGCUUUCCGAUCCCAGUUCAGUUUGUCCGAGGGCAAGCCUCUUACUCUUGUUAAAGUACGCCGGGGGGAGGGGGGUGAUGGUGAGGGUGCAGGAGGAUAGCAGUGCCGCAAGGCUGACACCAGCCCGACUUCUUGGACUCAACCCGAUCUCCACAGCCAGAUGCCCAGGUCCAGCAAAGGGCAGGGCUCAUUCAAAUCCUUGAGCGGGACCUGGAACAAAGCUAGUGUCUUUCUUUUCAACGAACACAUACAAAGCAUGAGCUGUGUGCUAGGAGCGCUCUGAGAAACUUGGCCGUGAGUGAGAGGAGCAUCCCUCCUCCCCCAGUUCAGACCACCUGCCUAGAAAACUGGCCAAGCGCUACUCAUUAGAUAGGGUAGGCUCCAUAAUGAUGGGGGCGAGGGGUGCUUUGAGCUGGGCUUCAAAGGAUGAGUAGGAGUUUGCUGUUAGAGAGAUGGAGCGAAAGACAUUGCAGGCGGAGCAGUUUUCUAUAUUUUUUUCUGCAAGAGAGUGGCAGAUGAGGAAGGAGAGGCUCUAAACUUGCUCAGAGAGGAGGAGACAACAGGAAGAAGCGGAGUGGAUCCUGGAAUCUUCCUGUGGAAGUGAGGCACACAGUCCCACGGCCACCUUUGAGCACCUUCAGCCAAGUUAUGCAUGCCAGAGGCCCCCCUGGCCUACCGACCCCGGCACUGCCUCUGGCUUCCUCUGUCCUGAUGCUGCUAAUGAGCACCCUGUGGCUGCUGGGGGCCGGCCCCAGCCUCGUCCUGGCCCCAGAGCUGCUGCUGGACCCUAGGCAGGCACACCGGCUGCUCACACAUGCUCUGGGCCACACGGCCCUCCCCAGCCUGCUGCUCAGCCUGCUACUCCUGCCCACAUCGGGCUGGCAGCAGGAGCGCCACCUGGGCACGCUGCGGUUCCUGCAUGCCUCCAGCCUGCUCGUGCUGGCCUCCGGGCUGCUGGCCGUGCUGCUGGCAGGCCUCGGGGUGUCCGGUGCAGCCGGGGGCUGUGGGUACAUGCCGGUCCACCUGGCCAUGCUGGCGGGGCAGGGUUCUCGCCUUCGACGGCCCCGGGGGGCCCUGCCACCCUGGCUUCUGCCGUGGCUGCUGCUCGCCCUGACACCACUGCUCAGCUCCGAGCCACCCUUCCUGCAGCUCUUCUGCGGCCUCCUCGCCGGCCUGGCCUACGCUGCCGGGGCCUUCCGGUGGCUGGAGCUCUCAGAGCGGCGGCUGCAGGCGCUGCAGGAGGGUGUCCUGUGCCGGGCCCUGGCGGGGUGCUGGCCGCUCCGGCUCCUCCCCGCCCCAGGUGGCCCAGCUGAGCUGCCCGUCGCCCAUCCUCCCGGAGCGAGGCCCCCCACCCCUGGACCUCCCUGCAUGGCCUUCCCUAGCCUCUGGCCCCUCAGUGAAGGCUCAGCCUCGAUCCCACCAGGCCUGAAGCCCGUGCAGCCUCUCUGGGAGGGCUCCUCAGAGGCUGGACUGGCCUGGUCUGGGCCUGGCUUCCCCCAGGGGACCCCGCUGUGGGCAGCCCUGGACCAGCAGAUGCUGCAAGAGGGGAUUGAGGCCUCGCUGCUUGAAGGCCCAGCCCAGGGCCCCGAGAGCCCACUCUGGUUGCCUAAGUCCUCCGUCUCCUCUCUGCGGCUGCAGCAGCUGGAGCGCAUGGGCUUCCCCACAGAGCAGGCGGUGGUGGCUCUGGCAGCCACGGGCCGAGUGGAGGGGGCCGUUGCACUGCUGGUCGGCGGGGAAGUGGGCACCGAAGCGCUGGUGACUCAGGGGAGGGAAGGGCCCACCCACCCUGAGGGUCCUGGGCCCCCAUAGCAUAGACAGGCCCUCAGGUGAGAAGAAGCCCGGCCUGUGAGGGGGACGUUGGAGCCCCAGCCCUGUCUGCUAGAGUCAGGAGGGGGUCCAGGGUGGCCCCCCAGCACCCUGCCCCGGUACUGUUGAGAAUAAAACCCAGUUCACUUUUCAGCCUGGA